AUAAGAUUCAAAAACCCCAUUUCAGAAUCCAUGUUUUCCUUCACUCUCACGAAUGGGGUUCCUUCAAAACCUCACCUUUCUCAUUCCCUUUCUUCCUCUUCCCAAUUUCACCAAACCCGGUUCCUUCACUCUCCAUCGAAGAACCACUCUUCGAUUCGCUGCGGCAUCCGCGAACUCCGAGAGCGAAUCAACACGGUGAAGAACACCCAAAAGAUCACCGAAGCGAUGAAGCUCGUCGCCGCCGCCAGGGUCCGGCGAGCACAAGAAGCGGUGGUCAACGGAAGACCCUUCUCGGAGAAACUGGUUGAAGUGUUGCACGACAUCAACGAAAGGCUCCGAAACGAGGACGUUGAUGUUCCUUUGACUAACGUUAGACCUGUUAAGAAGGUUGCCCUUGUUGUCAUCACAGGGGAUCGUGGCCUCUGUGGUGGUUUCAACAAUGCAGUGGUGAAAAAAGCUGAGACCCGAAUUGAGGAGUUGAAGAAGCUUGGUUUGGAUUGCGUUGUGAUCAGUGUUGGGAAAAAGGGUAACUCGUUUUUCAGUCGUAGGGCUUUUGUUCAAGUUGAUAGGUUCAUUGAAGGUGGGAGCUUUCCCACUACCAAGGAAGCUCAAGCCAUUGCUGAUGAUGUUUUUUCACUCUUUGUGAGUGAGGAAGUUGAUAAGGUUGAGCUUGUGUAUACCAAGUUUGUGUCUUUGGUUAAGUUUGAUCCUGUGAUUCACACGUUGUUGCCUUUGUCAACCAAAGGAGAGGUUUGUGAUGUGAAUGGGAAUAGUGUUGAUGCUAUGGAGGAUGAGUUCUUCAGGUUGACUUCAAAGGAUGGCAAGUUGGCUGUGGAGAGGGAUGUUGUGAGGAGGAGGAAGAAAGAUGAGUGUUUUCCCCUUAUGCAAUUUGAGCAAGACCCGGUUCAGAUUCUUGAUGCUAUGAUGCCUCUUUAUUUGAAUAGCCAGAUUUUGAGGGGCUUGCAAGAAUCACUGGCUAGUGAACUUGCUGCAAGGAUGAGUGCCAUGUCUAAUGCAACUGAUAAUGCAAAUGAGUUGAAGAAGAAUCUUUCAGUUGCAUACAAUCGGCAACGGCAGGCAAAGAUUACAGGGGAGAUAUUGGAGAUUGUGGCAGGAGCCAAUGCACAAACACAAAUUGAUUGACAAAAUGUGAUUUACUUGUUGCUACAUUGUUGUCACGACCCAAAUCUGAGUUAUGACCGGCGCACACGCUAAGGUAACCCAAACACCCUUAAUCUGACAAGUCUACUUUCACAAAGAACCCAUAGGAUGUUAAUCUUCUAUGGAUUCUUUGUGGACCCAAACACCCUUAGUCUGACAAGUCUACUUUCACAAAGAACCCAUAGGAUAUUAAUCUUCUAUGGAUUCUUUGUGGAAGUAGGCUUGCCAGGCUAAGGGUGUUUGGGUUACCAUAGCCUGAGAGCCGAUCAUAACUCAGAUUUGGGUAGUGACAACUGUGUUUUGUUGAGAAUACUGAAUCCUUUUGCGUGGUAUAGAACAUGGGAUUAUAGAGUAUCCCAAUUUCACUAAUAGUUUCUUAAAAGUUGAUUAAGGAAGAAAGAUUAUAGGUAGGGAGUUUUGACCCGUGAUUCAUUCCUUUGUUCUUCCAGGGAAGUGCAUUACUUAUCUUUAGUGUCUGUUGUCAUAGCUUAUGCAGUUUUGGUUACGUGCUUGAUUUUGUAAUUGAAAUGUCGA